UCGGGAUGUACCAGUGCACCGCUACUUGCAGUUCUAUCUUUCCAGUCAUUCUACAGACAGGGUGAAGAAAACUCAUACAUAGGACAACUAGUAGUGUAGAACAUAGAACUUGUACUUAAUCAGAUAAAACACUUGGAGAAAUGAUCUUCUAAGUUUAAUAAUAAAGUCUCCACUAUUGAUAUAUCAUUGAAAUAGUUGAGCAGAAUGGUUCUCAGCGCCGGGUACACAAGCAAGGUUUGAGAUGAUGAGUCCAGCACAACAGUGUGGUAGUGGGCCAGGAGGGUUUCCAUUCUUUAGUCCACAUAUAUCCAACCCAUACCAUGACCAGUACACACAUCCUUUGUUCCGAUCCAACCUUAACCAGGGUUAUCACGGACAUAGUCCCAGUCCACCCAGUGAUAUCAGCUCUAGUCCGGACAAUAUCAGAGGCGGAUACAGUUCUCGUCCCUGGACUACCGGAUACUCGUCCUACCCGCCCCACCAGGAUACCAGACUCAACUCAGCUCCUGAGAAUACCAGACCUGAACAUUAUAAUAAUGGUAUUCCUAGGAUACAGGCACACUCUAACCCUCCCAGAUCCUUUCAUAUCCCGGAGACGGUUACCUCCGGUAUGGGCGGAGGAAUGAUCUCAGGGUUGAGUGGAGGGGGCGGAGGAGGUAUGGGGGAUGGAAGCGGGAUGGGGGUAGGCUGGCAUCAACAACAAAUAUCUAACAUGCAGGAUUCUUUCAUGCAUUUAUCUAACCAUGGCCACUAUUCUAACCCUGGUGGACAGCCCGGGGAUAUAAACGUGAAGAUCCUGGAGCAGUUGAACAUGACAACAGCAGAGUUGAUCAUGAUGCCGACCAGGCACCUGAACAAGACUCUUAAGGUGGCUAAGGGUUUGACUCGAGAACAAAUAAAACUGAUGAAAACUACGAGAAGAACAAUGAAGAAUAGAGGGUAUGCUGCUUCGUGUCGGGUCAAACGGGAAACUCAAAUUACAGAACUCAAGAAGGAACUGACUGAAGUUGAUGUAACUACUGAAGAAGUUCAGAAGGAAGUAGAUAGUCUAGCACGAGAAUGCUCAGUUCUAGCAACCAGUCUAGAUUCUCUACAGAAGUUAACCAGACCACAAUAGUUCAAACUUAUUGGAAAUUAUUUACAUUAUUAAAUUCACUCUGAAUGUUGUACAGCCAGAUUUAUAUCGAAUCUCAAAUUAUUCAAAUUGUAAAGAAAUGAAGAGAUAGUUCUCAAGAUAUGAGUGGGGGUACAUGUUUUGAGUUUAAAUCUAGAGAGAUUUUUAUACUUCUGGCUAUUUUGCUUGAUCUUGCCACGUUUAUUUAUUAAAUUGUUCUGCUCAUUCUAAAUUUCAGCCCUGAUCUGAACACAUGUCAUAUGGUUGAUCUUAGUUUAUUAAUCUGUUAAAUUAAAUCUUAUAAAAUGGUGAAAAGUUACUAAAUCUAUACCAGGUAUUGGAGUGUAUAAACAAUUUGUUUACAAAAAAAUGUAGUGCCAUUCUAUAACUUCCCCCCUAAUUCCUAACCUUCUACAAGUUGUUUGCGAUAUUAAAGCCGCCAAGAAAGAAGAAACAGUAAACUGCCAUUUUGUUGUACACUGCAGCAGUACAAUGUACAGUUAAAUAUGGGUUGGAAUCACUGUACUUUGAUACAAAGAGGUGCUUUGUAAAUCCAAGCUGUACACAGGGUAAACAAGAUUUAGUUACCUUAAAUUUAGGACCUAUUUUAUUUAUCUAAUUGCCGUAAUCAUCAGGUUGCAAAGAUAUAGGGAUAACACAAGUAAUCAAUUCCUUUGUAAUAAUAACGAACCUUCAAUUUGUUCUUGUCAUGUCAUUCAAUUUUUAAAAAGACAACGCUCCAAUAUCAGCAAAAUUUUUGAUUGCAAAUAUAUUCUUUUAACACAUAUAUUUAAAUCAAACGAAACGACUUGAACAGAUUUUAUUGGAAGAAAGGAAAUAAUUAAUGUUGCAUUAAUAUGCAUACGGAUUACGUGGAACUAAUAAAAAGUUAUACUGGGUAUUUUAUAAUCAAGCUUGUACAGUUCUCCCUUCAAAGUCCAAAUUGAAAAAAUAAAGCAUAAAUCAACGUUAGUUUUCUGUUUUCACACUGUAUUAAAUGUUCAAAUUAAAGAUAUAGAUGUGUUUACGCAUGCUUGCUAUUUGUGCUACAAUGAUCUUUAUAAACAUUGGGAGAAACUCAAAUAAAGACCGUCCAUUAAAACCCCUACCACCCUUUUCAGCUAGUGUUUUUUUGCCUUUAAAUUUUGUUAUAUACUGGUUUAACUAGUUAACAAUUUCACUGCUUUUCAUGAAUAUUGCUUUAAAACAAAAAUAGUUUAAAAAGUUUGAUUUCUCCGACAAUGAAAUAUUUCUCACUGCUUUAGCCAAUUUACCACGGCUGAAUGCUUUGUAACCGCUUUAUGUACCAUGUACGUUAAUUGUGUCCUUAGUGGUGUACAUGAAUUUGUGAAUAAUGGUGUACAUUAGGUGCACUUCUUGGUGUAUAUGAUAUUGUACAUAUUGAUAUAUGUACAUUUACUCGUACAUGAUCUUUACACUAAUAUGUACAUACCUUUAUACAUGAUAUUAUACAUGAUGAUGUUUAAUCACUUGUACAUGAUUGUGUACAUGACAUGGUAAAUUAUACUGUUCAUGAAAGUGUACAUUAUGAAGUGCAUGAUAAUGUAAUUAAUGCUGUACAUAAUUGCGUACACGUUUGUGUGCACUGUGCAUGAUGUUGCGCAUUAACUGUUUUCAUAUUCCUGCAUACAUAUAUGUUGCUACCAAACACUUGCGUUUAAAUUUUAUUGUAAAAUGAUCGGCUGUGAUAAUGUCAAUUAAAAUUGCUUGUACACUGUGAACUGACAAACAUGUAAUUCUUAGAUCAAAGUUUCCAUGUACUUCACUGCAUCUCUGUUUUCACUUGUACAACACGUGACUGGAACCCCUUCUUUAAUAAAAUUAAAUUGUACAACAAUGCUUUUCAUAUUUGAUCAAAAUACUCUUUAGUUAAAGUAUAGAUCCUUACUUUUCAACACAAUUUGAUAUUGAUCUACUAAACUUAAUACUAGAUUCAUACAAAAUGUAUUAAAAAGAUUUGCCCUGAACAUGUUUGCCACCCAGUAUCAUAGAAAUAAAAGAUGAGACAAGAGAUAUCAUAAUUGUGCUAGUUCCAAAAAUGGUGUGCGUAAAAGUUACACUUUUUAUAUUUUACAAAAUAAAUUGAGUUUUUGCCGCAAACUCAAAACUUCUAAUCUAAUAGUUUAUCUUUGCAGCCCAGCGCCGAAGACCUUAAAUAUUCCAAACAAUGAAUUAUGUAAGAUCAACUAAUUUAAGUUUGAAAUAUCAAAGGUUUUAACCAUCAGGUUGAAAAGAAAUUGUGAAUCGAAUAUUUAAGUUUGUGGAAAAAACGCAAUUUCAUUAUCUCUGAGUUAAUCAUGCACAACAAUUUGCGUGCAUAGUACAAUCUAUAGAUCUCUUCUCCUAUCUGUCAAAUAUUUAUCCUGCGUAAACUUUACUCUGAGACAGGAACUUUUGAUUGAACAGAUAGAGCUAAGUCGCUUCUCUCCUAAGGAGAUUUAAUCGUCUUAAACCUCCCCUUUAUGAUAAAAUUAUAGGACUGUACAAAAUGAGAAGUCCGAAAAAAAUCUUUACCCUUAAAAUACAGGAUUUGAAUUUGCAUUAAUCUAACAGGAUAAACUUUAAAAUUUAAAAGUUUCCGUUGAGGAUAUCGAGUUCCAUCUCAACCAAAAACUCCCUGAUCGUAUCACCUAAACAAUCUCUAAAACUGGUUUUAUCUUAUUUACAUUUUGCUCGCAAUGUGUUUCUAUUUUUAAUUAAUCACAGGUUUGGAAGGGCCAAUUGUACGUUCAUUAAUAGAUGUAUUGAAAUAAAUUUUUGAUUAUAUUUAA